UAACAAAAAUUCUCCUUUUUUCUUCCACGUUGGAUUUUAUUAAUCACUUUGUAAUUUUUUUUUUUUUUUGUAAUAAAUUCUGCAAAAUUCGAAGAACAAAAUAAGAUGGCGCCUAAAAAAAGCAAAUCCAAAGCAAAGAAACAGGAAAAACAACCAAGACCAAUUGUCAUAAAAGAACAUGCAAGACUAACUGAAGUAAAGAAGUUUGAAUUUGAAAGGGAAUUGGUAGAACUUAAUAGGAAGCUUGCAAAACUCCGAACUCAUCACAAAAACUUUGCAGAGGAAAUAGAACGACCAGAACAAUUUACCAUUGAGGAUAAAGAAGAUAUUAUUGAUUUUUUAAAGUAUUCAAUUCAAGAUUUGUCAGAUCAAAUAGUUGUUAUGGAACAAUCCGCGGAUGAAAAGCAAAGAAAAGAAUCACAUUUAAAAAAAGUGAACGAACAAAUAAUAAAAGAUAAAGAAUUGGAAUUAAUAUGUAUGAGACAAGAAUGGUCAAAAAUAAUUGCAGAGGCUCAAUCAAAAGUGAACCAUCUUGAAAACUUAGGCAUACCUUUCUUAAUGGAUCACACAAUGCCAAAACUUGAAGAACAAUUACAAAGGCUUCAUUCACAAGACCAACGGCAUAAAGAAGAGAUGUAUACGUUAGAUAGAGAAUCUGUGAUGUGUAUCACAAAAAUGAACAAGGAGUUAAAAGAGCAAUUAGAAAAUUUGGGGAAUGACUUUUAUAAAAAUUCAUUUUAUCAUGUUUGGUGCUCCUCCAAUUCUAGUUAUGAAAAGAACAUAAAACUUAAUACUGAGUUGAAUAGAGCUAUAAAGACUCAUAGAGAAACAUAUGAAAAAGUAUUAAAAGCAAGAAAGGAACAUUAUCAUCAUAAACUUAAAUAUGCUCUGGAUCUAGAAGAAUCAGAUGCAGUUGAAUCUUCGUAUAAAAGAAACAGUAAUGCAAUUAAUUCUAUAUUAAGUAUGAUGGGCUGUCCAUUUGUUUCGGAUUUAAAACCUAAAGAGAAAAACGAUAAUACCGCUCUUCUAAAAAAUGAGGAACAAUUUAUUAUUGAGCAAAUAGAUCAACACAAAAAAAUAAUAUUAGAACUCAAAUUGAAGAAUGAAACCAUAUUACAUGACAUUUCACACUUACAAACCAAAUUUGAAGAUGUGAGAUAUUUUAUUUCUUCUGCUUUGAGUACCAACAAAAAGAAUAUGGUAAAAAGUAUCAAAUUUAUAUUAGAUUUUUUGCGAAAAAUGAUUGUGUCACUUUCGGAUGUAAACAGAAUAGAUGCAAGUUUCCUCUUAAAAAAAUCUGCGUCAAAACGAGAAUUGAUUGAUGUGGGCAUCCAAGUUAUUCCUGAAACUAUUGAAGAUGAAGAAAUUGAGAUAUUAAGUGAAUAAAUUUGUUAUAAAUUUACAA